UCUGCGUAGUGAGAGGGCCUUUUAGUUUUUCAUUAUCUUCGAAGAGCGUUGUCUCGGCAAAGAAAAUGAACGGGCUGGACGAGGAACAAAUGGGACCACAGACCUUUCUCUAUGGGUGCGAGUUGAAAUCUGGGAAGGAUGUAGUCUUCAACCCAGAAGAAGAUGACUUUGAGCACCAGCUGGACUUAAGGAUGCUGUGUGUGGACCUCAGCACCAAGGAUGAGCUGCACAUCGUGGAGGUGGAAGGACAGGACACGGAGGGUCAGAAGGUUAAGGCUGUGCUGGCUUCACUCAAACCGUCCACCCUGCCAAGUGUGUGUCUUGGUGGAUUCGCAAUCACACCCCCAGCAGUUUUCCGUCUCAAGGCUGGUUCCGGGCCAAUCCACAUCAGUGGCCAGCACCUUGUCAUGAUGGGAGGAGACCAGUCUUUUGAUGAAGAUGAUGAAGAGGAAGAUGAAGAAGAGGUACAAACGUCCAAGAAAAGGCCCGCAUCAGCACCGGCACUUAAAUCUCAGAAAAAGAUGAAGAUGGAUGUUGAUGACGAGGAUGAUGACGAUGAGGAUGAGGAUGAAGAGGAGAGUGAGGCUGAAGAAUCUCCUGUUAAGGCUAAGAAGAUUCCGUCCAAACCUCAAACUCCUGCCCACAAUGGAAAGGGCCCUAAAGGUAACACACCAGCCGGAAAACAGGCAAAGACCCCUGGCGGCAAGGGUGGACAGACUCCUAAAAAUGGACAGACCCCCAAAGCAACACCCAAAACUCCCCUGACCCCCAAACCAAUCCUCACCGUCCCUGAGCUCAAGGCCAAGAUGAUGGCGACUGUGGAGAAGGGAGUGAAGUUGCCUAAACUCCAGCCCAAGUUUGAGAGCUUUGUGAAGAACAGCUACAGAGUCACAGAAACCAAGACCAUAGAGGAACUGUGGAAGUGGAGACAAACUGUGGAAGACAGCAAAUAACUUUUUUUGUUUAACCUUUUUUUGGGGGGAUUACUUUUGCCAUCUCACCCAUUCCCCCCCACCCCCCAAACACUUUCCUACUCUGCCCUCUCCUGACCCUUCCCAUGUCUGAAUCGAUGCCUUGUGCGCUGUUACUCUAAACUGCUGCAGCAUUUAGCCUGUCCAGUGCCCUGCUGUGGCACACAGACUAGUGUGGAGCUAAUAGGACUCAGCCCCAUCAUCCCUGGCCCUUCCAGCAUCCUCACCCUCUCAAAGAGGACGGGAAGGGUGAUACUAUUCCAGCUUUCAUGUGGAUGGACCUGGGAAAACCCACUUGGAACUUUGCAUUUUGUAAAUGAAAUCCUUGCUACGGUGUUGUACGUAGCAUUUUGAAGUCUGGUCAGUUGGUGUCCGAGAACUGUUCCUCUGGCAUUUUGGAAGAUAUAUGUUCCUUUUGAAUUCUUUAAAAGAUGGGUAAAGUGAAAUGACGACCGUUCCAUGUCAUCCGUAAGGUGUUGAGUUUGGGGAUACUUGUCCUUCCCUUCCAGAGGGUAGGCUCCUAAAGGUCUGCGACAUUAACAUUUGGCCAAGCAUUUUAUUCAUUUAACUGUUCAAAGGUUUUAAGUAAUUCUCACAAGUUUAUAUUUUUUGCAGUAAGGGUAGAGUAAAGCAGCUAAUUCACCGGUGACAUGAAUGUCAUUUGAAAGUAACAUAUUCCUAUUUGUAUCAUACCUGCUUUGUGAACUUGUAAUUUCUGAUCUGUUGAAUUGUAAUACAUAAAGUAUAUGAGCAGUUCUCCAUCCACAGAAAUAUUGUGAUCCACAAUAAAAGUUCUGGAGGAGAUUUA